GGGGCGGAAGGCGAAGUUACAUUUCCCGAGGCUUUUACGGGUUUUCUAUCUAUCUUGAGGGCAGGGAAAAACAGUGUAAAGGAAUCCGGAGUUACAUAAGGCAAAUCAGAAGCUAGAGCUGAAACUUCUGCAAACUCAUCAUGAUCCUCCAACAGCUCUUCAAGUUUUCGUCCAUUUUCCAUUCAGCACUUUCAAUCCACCUGCGUAGGAAUAUUGGCUUUUCAGCUAUUGUGUUCAAUAAAGCAAAGGAACUUGAUCCUGUGCAAAAACUCUUCCUGGAUAAAAUCAGAGACUAUAACACCAAGAGCCAAAAAAUUGGUGGCCCUGUUGAUGCUGGCCCAGAAUAUGAGAAAAACCUUAGUGAACAAAUUACCAGGCUUCAACGGUUAUAUGGCGGUGGAGACUUAACCAAAUUUCCAGACUUCAAGUUUGAAGAACCCACUUUUGAAGAAUUGAAACAGAAGUGAUGCGUAAUGUGAACAUCUAACAGUGGUGUCAGGUUGGAUGUGUUCAAUAGGCCUGCAGUUGUAACUUAAAUAAACAGUUCAGUGAUCAAA